AUGACAAAGUCAUUUGGAAAGUCAAUUAUAAUGGCAACAGAGGAUGAGAAUAUAAAUGGGAUUAACAAGAAACCCGUCUGGAUCUCCAGAAAAAUCAUCUUAAACUUAUCUGGCGAAGUUAAAGACGCUAAUAAUUACCCAUCAAAUAACUACUCAGGAUGUAAAUAUAGUCUAUUCCAGUAUAUAUUUCUUUCUCUUUGGUCGAGAUGCAAGAGGUUUCCAAUCAUCAUUUCAUUUUUAUCAUUUAUUAUUUCAUUUUUUGUAUAUUCAAGAAAUAGUGAUUUUAAAUGGAUAAUUUUGGGCUUCACAAUAAUUUUUUCCAUUCUUCCAUCACUGAUUAUGGAUAUUUUUGUAUAUGCAAAAAUAAGGAUCCACGACUAUAAGGUAAAUAGCAGGUAUUGCAUAGUUUUUGACAGUGACAAAAUGGAGUUUGUGGUUUCCAGAUGGAGAAACCUCAAAGUAGGAAAUAUUGUUUGCGUUUUAGAUGGUGAACAAUUCCCAGCUGAUGUGGUGGUUCUUCAUUCUAGUGGCAAAAAAGCUUACAUUUCUUCUGAAAUGAUGGACGGUUCAAGAUUAGUUAGAACAUGCGAACCUACUGGAAUCCAGACAGACUUAGAAAGAGCGAUAAAGGAUUUCAUUCUUUCACCUGCUCGAAUCACUUGUGAUGUUCCUUCUGAUGAUAUUAACCAUUUUGAAGGCUCAUUAAAAUGGGAGGGAAAACCUAGAGCUAAGGCUUUGACAAUAGACAAUUUUGCACAGAUGUUUUCAAGAUUGAGGUUUGCAAAUUGGGUUCUGGCUAUAGUUGUUUAUGCAGGUACCGACACAAGAAUUGCAAUAAGACAACAUAGAGCAAUAGAGAACAAGAACAAAUAUAAUCCAACAACAAAGCUCGAGAAUACUGUUUCUAAGGUCUGUAUUGGCCUAUUUUUGGUGGCUGUAUGUUUGGGGAUUUACAUUCUCAUCAACAAAGAUUCCGAUUUUCAGGUAUUUAUGAAAGAGAUCGUAUCAUCAUCAGAAGUUGGUUGGAAAUCCCAGAGAACACAAUGGCAUAUUAUCGCAGAAUUUGCUGUAAUUUUUAACUUUUUUGUCCCAGUUACCCUUACUGCUAUUACUGAUAUUAUCAGGAUUAUUGGAGUCUUUAGGUUUUCAAGAAAUAAAGCUUUAGUUUUUGACUAUAGCACUGAGAGUUUAAACGAAUUAUCUUCGAAUAAUACAAAGUUGAAUAAUUUACUUACUAAAGAACCAAGCAUUUUUCGGGCUUUAAAUAAAGCUCGAGCUAACAACAAUACAGAUUCAAAAAGUUCAACCUACAACGACUUAAAGACUAAAUCCCAUGAGAAUAAGAUUCCUGGUUCCAGCUCGAAGCCUUUGGAUGUUAUAUUUAACAAAUGCGAUUCCCUGGACUCUUUUGGAGAAGUUGAUAUUUCUCUAAUUCAUCAGAACUCUAUUAUGGAGGCCCAACCAACAAGACUCAAGAUCAUCAGUUUGAAUAAUGGCCAAGAGUACAUUUUCAAGAAAAUUCAAAAAAUUAAAGCUUCCCCAAAGUUCUCUAUUAUUUCAGGCCUGCUUUGGAAGCAUCAUUCAAUUUCUUGGAGAAGGAAUGAGAUAUCUAGAUUUUCAAAAGGCUCGAUAAAGGUAGUAAGACCUGGAAGAGGCACUUCAAUAACUAAUUUUGGACUAAUAUCUCCUAACAAGCUAGAAUUGUUUCACUAUUUUAGCGUCCUGCUGGCAAUUUCCAAGCUUAACGUAAUUGGUGGUGAGAAUAAAAACUUCAAGUCUGACAAAAAUAUAUCCUUAACAAAAGGAAAAACUCUGAAUUUGGAUGGUCAGAACAAUAAGAAAAAGAUCAGGAGGUACUACACAAAACUCUUAUUCCAGAUUAAAGGCCUCAAGAACGCUCUUGCUGAUUUGCCUCCUGAUCCAGUUAAUUUGGAGCCCAGAGAUGCCUGGCCACCUUUACCAAAGGUUAGGCUGAAUAAUCAACAGAGAAAUAGACAAAUAUCAGUUAAAAGUAUCCACGAACUAUAUAGUAUGGGUUCAGGAAGCACAGAGAAUGAUUUGUGUCUUGAUCCACGCCCAAACUCAGAAACACGUAAGAGCUACAGUAGCCACCUCCACCCAGCUUUGCCAAUCCAUUUGUUUCCAAAAAGGAUAAUUCAACUACUAAACCACAUCAUCCUCUCCAAUCAAAGGAAAAGAGUGGUUUUAAAGGACAUUGGGUCUUUUAAUGACCAUCUCACUCCCCAGCAAGAACCUCAAUGCCCAGAAAUAGAUAAUCAAGUUCAACACCACAGUAGCAAAGAUUAUCAAGUCUUUGACACUAAGAAGAUUCAGAUAAGCAAGGAAGAUAAUGAAGAGAUUCUUUAUUUACUUUUUAAUAAUAUUGUAAAACUUACCCGAAAUUUUUAUGGUUGGAAUACCAGGAGAAAGUAUAAAAUACCAAAUGAAUAUUCAUUAUUAGUAAAAAACCUACUAAUGGAAUCUAUUGAUUAUUCCCUAGCUACUUGCUUUAAAGGCGAGAGAGAAGACAAAAAUGGAAUCUUGAGAAGGCUAAACUCUUCAAAUGAUGGGGCAAAUAGCUCAGUAGCUGUCACAAAUGAGGAAAGUGAAGGCUUUAACAAUAAAGACUCUGUAUUGGUUGAUAUGUUAUAUGCAAUGGCAAUUUGUAACUCUACAGUGCCACAUUUAAGGAUUGUAAAACAAAAUGGAAAGACUCCAGAUAAAACUUCGAAUUCUCAUGAAUCUUCAGAGAUACAUCUCAGAGUUGGUGGAAUAAAAGAGUACAAAAGAGACAAAAUCACUAGUGGCAAGAAGAUCAAUUACUACCAUGAAAUUCCACGUGAGAUCAUCAAUAAAUCGUUAUUUCCUUUCAAUGGAUCUAAUAACAGCAAUUCAAGCAACGCUAGCAGUAAAAGUGAAUUGAAAUUCGGAAAGAGUCCGACAAAUAUGCUUAAGAGUGACUUAAAAAUACCUUUCUUUACCAAAAAUAAAACGAAUAUCAUGAGAAAAUCAAAAGAUCUAUCUAGAUCUGGUACAAUUAAUAAUGCAAGAAUGCUCUAUAUAGCAUCUAAAUCUAUGAGCAUGGGGGAAAGUAUGAGCUCAGACUUUCUCAGAAGACCCUCAAGCAGAGUCCUUUCUUCAAAUGAAAGCUGCUACUUUGGAAAGUCCUUCAGAAAUGACAGAGGUACCGGAAACACUCCCAAACGAUCAAGUGGUACAAGAAAUAAUAGAAUUACUCACAGAUACAAUAAAAAUUAUGAGAAGCUGCACAAACAAAGGAGAGUUGGAUGCCUAAAUAGCCAUUCAAAGGAAAUUAUAUUGACAAAAUACUACUUGAGUUACUAUUUCAAUGCUUCUCAGUUGGGAAAGGAUUUCCAGGAAAACCAGGACCAAAAUGAAGUGUAUAGGUAUCGUGGUAAAGAAACAAAAAAUAAGUUUAUGAGCAAUUGUUGGAAGGAUCUCGGAAAAAAAUUCAAGAAUUUGAAUUUUUCGUAUAGGAUAAAGAGCAGGGAGGAGAAGAUUUGCAAGUACAAUGAGAACUUCCCAAGAUCCUAUGUUCAGUAUUCUGGUAUUGACGAAAAUGAUCUGACAAUAGUACACACUGCAGCAUCCUGUGGAAUGAGGUUGGUUUUAGUGAAUUCCCAAUACGUGGUAGUGGAGAGUUUAGGAAGGACAGUCUUUUCGUCUUUGAUAUACAAAAGUGAGGACAAGUCUAAACAAGAAAUUUCCAUGAUAGUUAAAUUCUUUCAGAAGAAGAACGCAACUUUGUAUGUGAGAGGAGUGGCAGAGCACAUCCUUCCCUUACUUAAUCCCUCUCUAAUAAGACCUCAAGGUUGUAAUUCAGAAUUUUGUCAAUGCAGUAAUCAAAAAAUUCAUAAUAAUAGCAAUUUAGUAAGUAGUAUGGCAAGCCAAAAUUAUGAAGAACUUACUUACAAGAUUAGGAAGUUACAGUAUCAGGGAUAUAAAGUAUUUAUAUUUGCAAAAAAAACAAUAUCUGAAGAGGAGCUAGCAAAAAUGAGCCUUAGACACAAUCUGACUGAACAGAACAACGGCUUUAGGUUUUUAUUGGACUCUUCUGCUGAAGACUAUUUCCAAAAACUAAAGACCAAGCUUGAAUAUCUAGGUCAUGUUGGAAUAGAAUACAGGAUUCAAAAUAAAGUACCAAAAACUAUCAGGAGCAUGUUAGACUUUGGGAUCAAACCUUGGUUCUUAUUUAAUAUAUCAUCUGUUAAUUCAAUUAGGUUGAUGCACAAGAUUUUUCCAAACUGUGAUAAAAUUCCUCUAAUCAGGUUGGACAGGCUUCCUUUGAAGAAUAAGAGCAAGGCCAUGUCAUUCUUAUCGUCAGUGUAUAAUGAGCUGAAGAUUGUUGUGUCAAAUAACUACAGAGUUAUUGAGAGACUUGAUCUGAUUGCAGAGAAAAUGGUCAACAUGAAUGACCUCUCUAAGUUCAAGAAUAGUUUUUCAAAUGGUGAUAUGCACAAUGAAUUUGAAGAAGAUAGUAAUGAUUUUUUUAACACAAAAAAAAAGAUUUCUAAUGUGGAAUUUUUGAAAGCAUUGAUCACAAUUUCCAGCUUAAAUGGGGAAAUCCAACUCCCCCAACUUGGAGCUGCAGUGGCAGAUUACUCAAUGACGGAUUAUUCAGAGACUGUGGGAUGUAAGAAUACCGUUUACAAUAUCAACGAAGACUGGCUUGGAUGGGGAGGAUGUGUAUCUGGACACGGAAUUCUUAACUCCCUUCCAGGUAUUGUCUUUUCAGCUUUGCAGCUUAAUGAAAUUUUUGAAUCCAGAGACUUAAUUAACUAUUUCUUCUCGGUGGCCCUAAUAUCACCAUUCGUUGUGAUCAGUAAUGCAUCAUUUUCCGAUAUUACUACUAUUACAAAUUACCUCAAGAAUAAUGUUUUACCAAGGCCUGUAAUACUUGGAAUAUCUGGAAAUACAGGUAACGUUCCAAUUUUGUCAUCUUGUGACAUUUCAAUUUCAGUUUCCCUAUCAAAUGAUACUUCUAAUAAAGUUACGAAAAUUAAUAAAGAUAUUUAUGAAAAUAAAAGUGAUAAGAAUAAGGAGUUUAAGAAUAGAGUAAGGUUGCAUAAGUUGGGAGUCAUUUUUAAUCUAUGGAAGCUGGUUAAAAAGGGGAAUAAAAAAUCGGUUGAAACUACCAAUAGUAUAAAAUAUGCAUUGAAUAACUACCAAGAAGAAACCAAUUCAUUAACUGUUGCUAGUAGUGGGUAUUUUGAGAUAGGGACUGAGAAGAAUUCUUAUUUGACAAGUGAAUCUUUUCUUUCUGAAAAAACGGAAAACAAGUUAAGAGAACAAUCCAGCAUUUCAAUGCAAAAUUAUACAAUUCAUGAUAUCUUUAAAGACUCUGAAAAUAAUAGCUUCGUGGUCACACCAGUUACUGAUGUAAUGGUACGUAAAUUUCAUCAGAUUGUUCCACUGCUGACAAGAGCAGGAAGGCUCACAACUUUCAGAAUUAGUUUGGCCUUAUUUAAUAAUAUAUUCAAGCUUUUCUUUCUAAUUAUUCCAAAUUUAAUUUUCCAAUUUUACUGUGAAUGGUCUGGUACCAUACUACAAAGGUUGGAUAUAUUAGGUGUAUACCUCAUAUUUUGGACAGUAAUACUACCAAUAUUUUUUGGAUAUGAUGGAAUAGAUGUUCCAAAGUACUUUUUGGAUCUUCCUUAUUUAUAUAACUGCUCUAGAUCUGGCUACCACUCACACUGGAUUAAUUAUAUUGGUUCUUUUCUUGAAUCAUUGUUAAUGGGUAUUUUAUCAUUUUAUUUUUCACUUAUAUUGAGUUCUUAUUCGCCGUACAAGAAUGGAAUCUCUGCAGAUUUUUCUAUAUUGUCUUCAUCCCUGGCAAUGUACUGUAUUUUGGGAACCCUAUUUUCAUUUCUGAUUAAAAUCAAAUCCUUUUCGAUAUCCCUUGUAAUGAUGAUAUUGCUCAAGCUUUGCUUAAUUAUACUAACAAUUCUUGUAUUAACACUCAAGAAGAAUGGAUAUUACUAUAUGUUCUAUCUUUAUGAACUGUAUAUGCAACAAUCCUAUAUCUUCUUUCUUACUAUUCCACUAUUUAUCUCUUAUGUGGUACUUUUUAACUUGAUUUGGAAGAUGAUCAUUUACCAUAGCUUGCCAGAUCCUUCAACUUGUAUAAGAGAUUGGUGGUUAAUUCAUAUAAACCAGAGCUCAAGAGCCUUACAGAAACCAGUUAUCCUUGCAAUGAAGAACUCUUUUAAGAAAAUGAAGCCAGGACAGUUCCUAAAUAAUUUAUUAUUGUUUAUCAGAAUAUCACUCUGGCAUGAGUGGAUAAUGAUCAAAAAUCACAUUCUUCUUGGAAAAGAUGGCCAAGAUGAAUACGUAAAUCCUUUCCUAUUCGAAUUUUUGAAGAUUCCGACUUUGACAGAUUUUAUUGCAUCCCAGUACCGUAAGUAUUUUAUUUCCAAAUUUAAAAAUAAACUCCAGUACAGAAGUAAGGAUGAAAAAUCCAACUCUACAAAUAACAAAACUUCUGAGGAAAAGAAAGAUAUGAAUGAAAAUCAUCACCAUAUUGUUCAAGUAACACUACAACCCCAAAUAAUCACCUCAUCCCAGUCUAAAAAUACCUACCAAAAUCAAAUCAUUUGUAAAGACCUUUUUAAAGAAAGAUCUCUUGAGUCGGAGAUCACAGUUAAAAAUCAGACACAGAACAUUUCAGUUAGUAAUAUAUCAAGCAAAAAACCCAUAAAGCUCUUCAAACCGAUUGAAAUUAAUUAUUUUGGUGAUAACCGAGUCUUUAUGGAAGAAGGGUCUUUUGAAGAAUGGAAAAGGCGGGUAAUUUUGCAUGCAAACAUAAUUUGGAAUCCCAAACAGAUAUAUAUGCGAAGUGUUAAUCCGGUUAUAAAGGAACAGAGAAUGAAGGGAAUAAGAUCUUUACAAUUUGCUCAGAGUUUGAGAAAGUUUUCUUCUAGAGAGUUGGAGGAUUAUAAUAAUUUCAUUUUGUAUUAUGCUUCAUUCUUGUCAGAUAAUAGGGUUGGAGUGGUAACUGCACCAUUCAAUGACACAAACUAUCCUCAAGCUUUGGGAAAUUUGAUUUCAAUUAACUUUGAUGCGGGUUCAAAUGAAAAUACGAUUCAAAAUUUCAAAAAUGGCAAAAAUUGUGAAGAAUUUACAAACACGAUGACUUCUAUGACCCCACAGAAUUCUUCAGUUUAUCCCAGAACACAGGAGGCUUCUACAGUCGAUUUGAAUAUUAACUUAAUUAAUAGUUCUUCAAGUUAUGGAAGAAUCUCAACGUUUUCUGAAGAUGUGAAAGCUCUUUUAAAUCCUUUUAAAUUGACUUUUAAGGUAAAUCAAUUGGAAUUGGAAUACCAGAUUGAAAGACAGAAUGAAGCUUAUGAGCACAGAAAUUCUUUGAGAGCAGUUUUGUGUGUAAUCUCAGCCAUCUUCUUAACUUUAGGCCCUUUUUCUGUCAACGUUUCAAACACUGACUUUAAAUGGGUUGGAGUACUUUCAGUCAUUUUCUGUUCAUCAGUUUUUUUGAACUUCGCAUUGAGCUACACUUAUGGAAAGAAUAAAAUUAGUGUGAAAUCUCAACUUCCAUUGUUAAUCAUAAUCUCAGUUUCUUCUAUAUUAACUUCAAGUCAUGGUUUUGCUUUGGCUGCAAUAUACCCAAUUCUAUCCUUUAUUAUUUUCAGACUCGGAUUUAUUUCUGGAGUUUAUGUAACAAUAAUUGGGUUUUUGAGUGUUAUUCUUGGCCAAUUCUUAUGGGAAAUGCCAAAUUCAUAUUGGAUAAGAUAUUUACCAAUAUUGCUUGGUAUUAAUACAUUUUGUGGAUUUCUUGGGUACCGAUCAGAAUUAUUAUAUAGAGCACAAUUCUUAUUGGAAACACAUACAAAUGACUUAAGACAAAGACAGAGACAAAUUUUAGAUACAAUGCUUCCCUCUUUCAUUGUUGAGGGACUUCUAAUUUACCAAAGGAAUAAUUUAAGUUUCUCAAGCGAAAGUGUUGAAGAUAGAGGUACUGUAUCAAUAUUAUUCUGUGAUAUUUACGAUUUUCACAGCAUUGUUGCAGUUUUACAACCAAAAAAGCUUAUUUCACUUCUUGAUCAUUUCUUUCUUACACUAGAUUGUCUAAUUGACAAUUAUAAUUGUACUAAGAUUGAGACUGUUUUUGAGACAUAUUUAGUGGCUUCUUGUUUGGAUCCUUAUGAUAAAACUUCAACUACAUCUGAGAACCUGAAAACUUCCAAGAACAAAAAUGAGCUUAAUCGUUCAAAAUCCAAAAAGCUUUUCAUUAACAGAGCUUUACGAGACAUUAUUAAUCUACUUAGAUUUGCUUUGCAAAUGCACAAAAUAGGGUCAUCAUUCUUCUAUGAGGUUCCACUCAGCAAAAAUCUCGAUCUUGUACAGCUUGAGACUGAUAAUCUUAUAAAUGGAGUCACUAACCUUACAAAUACACCUUAUUCUAAAGACAGACAAAGCAAUAAUAAUGCUUCCUUCAUAUACACUGGUCAAGAAAUGACUCUUAAACAGCUUAAACUAAAGAUUGGUAUUCACUCUGGAAGAGUUAUCUCGGGAGUUGUAGGCACCAAUAAGCCUCAAUAUGCUCUUUUUGGAGAUACUGUUAAUACUGCAAGUAGAAUGAAAUCUUCUUGUGAAACUGGAAAGAUCCAGGUAACCUCGAUGACCCAUGAUUUGGUUAAGGAUAUUUCCAUAUUAAAAUGGAAAGAAAAAAGAUCUUUUGUUAAAGGCAAAGGAAUGAUGGAUACUUUUACUCUAGAAAGAGUCUCUGGAUCCGCUUAUCCAAAUUAUACACGUAUUAUAAAACAAGAAAUACGUGGAAAGGGAGUUGGAGCUGUUCAGAUUGGAAAUUACCAUAUCAAGAGCUCUUCUGAUUUUGAUAUUAUGGCUCAUGAUGAUGUUUUGAUUAAAUAUCUUAACAUGGAUCACGAAGAUGAUGUUUCUAAACAUCUUUCAAAUUCAGCUUCAUGUUUGCGUUCUACUUCUAAAAACAAGACUUUUGCACAAGUAGGAGAAUCUGUAUCUUCUAUGCUUCCCAAAAAUUCCGUUUCACAUGAGAAUGAGAGAUAUGAAGGUCGUUUUCCUCAAGAAAAUCUUUCUUCAUCUUUAAAGCAAAUAGAAGAGCCAUAUACCCACACUAAUCAAGAGUAUAGGGAGGAAGUGGAAUAUGAUAAGGAGGAGAAUACUGGUGAUCCCUCUCAUGUUAAGUUCAAUCAGGAACCUGAGGACCAAGAUUUCACUCUCUUAAAUGAAAACAGUUCUAAAAGCAGAUGGAAUCUAUUCAAUAAUCAAACUUCUAGCUCAUUAGGAUUUUUUAAAAGAAGGGGGAAAGAGUUUAAAGAGGUUGCUUCCCCUGAUAAUCCUUCCAAAAAUUAUUUUCAAAUGACUAAACCUAAAAAGAAAAGAAUGAGAGUAAGAAUAAGAAAAACAAUGAGACCAUCUUCUAAGUCAAUUUCCCAUAAUUCCUCGUCAAUUAAUAAUUCCAAAUUUGAAAGAAGUAAUUCCAAUUAUAUAAACUCUAAUGACCAAAAUAGAAAAGAACCCUACAAUCAACAAAAUGGUGUGGACCGAUGGAAGAAAGAGAAUAUCUCAGAUUUAAUGAGUUUCACUCUUGGUUUCAAAAACAAUGAAAUUGAACAAAAGUACCUACUUACCUACUAUUCAGAUCUAUCUACCCUUAAAACUAUUGAAGAAAGUCUUGUUAUUGUUGUGGUUACUCUUGUAUUGCAAACUUUAAUAUAUACAGUACUACCAUGUGGUGAAAAUAAAGAAGGAAUCUCAGGAUUUAGGAUACUUUGGACAGUUAGAAUAAUCUAUAUAUCAUCUGUUUUUCUUUCAUGGUUGGUGUUGUUUAGUACAUACACUAACUAUCAAAUUCAGAGUUCAACAGGAGCUGGGACAGGAUUAGCAACAGUACCAAAAAUAGGAAGAAGUACAAGAAUAAGUAAGGAAGCAACACAAUUAAAUUUUGAAAACAACAAACAUGUGGGAGGUCCUAUUUUAUUUUUGAAUGCAGUACUGGCAGGAGGAGCAUCAAUGUUGAUGCUUACAAUAUUAUGGCAAUUUACAAUGGUAGAUAGUUCUAUAUCUUUGUGGUGUGAUGAGGAAGUUCUUGAGCUUUUACUUUUGGCUACAGUUCAUCAUAAUGCUGGUUUGCUUUUCAGAUACAUAGUUUUGUUUGAUUUGUUGAUUUUAUUCCUUUUAUUGACCAUUUUUUUAGUUGGGAUUAACAUUAACUUGGAAGGAAUUGUGGUAUAUUGUGUGGCACUAUCAAUAAAUGUAAUUGCAGCUUAUUCACGAGAAAAGACAGGAAGAGCAAUUUUUUAUGGUACUUUAGUAGCAGGUAAUUGUGAGCAAAAAGCAGAGGAACUAUUGGUUGCAAUGCUUCCUAGAAAAGUUUUGUUAGAUUUCCAAGAGGAUAAGUUAAAGUUGGCAUAUAUUCACAAGAAUGUUACUUUUUUGUUUUCAGAUAUAUGUGGGUUUACUCAGUGGGCUAUGUCAGUGGAGGCGGAGAGUGUAGUUUGCAUGUUGAGUAGUCUAUAUGCUCAGUUUGAUGAUUCCCUUUCUAAAUUUGGGCUCUUUAAACUUUUCACUAUUGGAGAUGCCUAUGUAGCAAUGAGUGAGCCAGAGAUUGAUCCUUAUGAAGAUAAAAAUGGAAUAUUUUCUUCUCAAAAGAUGAAGAAGAAGAUUAAGGACUUGCAAGCAAGUACAAACUUAGGAACAACGGGUUUGGGAUCAGGAGGAGGUGGAUUAGGACCAGGACCAGGACUAGGACUGGGACCAGGGCCAGGACCAGGAUUAGGAGUGGGGCCAUUGGCAGGGCCAGGAGGAACAUUAGGAGUAGGAAUGGGAGGAAGCUUAGGUUUUGGAUUGGGGAUUAAUCGUAAUUAUUCAGCUAGUAAUUAUUUGAGCCACAGUAAUUAUUUGAGCCAUAAUUCUUCUUGUAGGAGUUCUUCCCCAACUGUUUUAAGCAACCCAACCUCCAGCAAACCGCCAUCGUCAUCUUCAUCUGGAGCAAGUAAGGAUAACCAAAUUUACAAUCUGAAUAUAUUUCAGAUGGAAGGCUAUUCCCCAGCUGAAGGAGCUAGAAGAAGUAUUGCAAUGGCCCACGAUAUGUUGCAGAAGAUUGCCUUUGUUAGGGAGAAGCUAUCACUUCCUGAACUGAAUAUGAGAAUUGGACUACAUUAUGGAGGAUGUAUUGGGGGUAUCGUUGGAAGCUCUAGACUUAGAUAUGAGGUUUGGGGACAUGAUGUAAUUAUAGGAAAUAAGAUGGAAUCAUGCGGUGCUCCUGGAAAUAUCACUAUUUCAGGACAAUUACACGAAGUUUUGUCAAAGAAUUUCAGUCACCUUUUCAAAUUCAACUAUAUAGGAAAAGUUUCAAUCAGAAAGCAGCAGAUUGACAUGUAUAGGACGAGAAUUAGAAGAAAUGUACAGCUAAAAAUUAGCAAGGUUUCAAAUUCGGAGAAUAUGUCAAAUUUGAUUAAGAGGAAUAUUCUUUACAACAACGAAAAGAGGAUGGAGAUUUAA